AUGGACACAAUCCUUCUGAAUGCGCAGCAAAUCGAUGAACACCAUAUUUUCUAUCUCAUGGACGAAAAUCUGGUUUUGCGUCGCAAUUUGAUGGGUUUUGAAGUCGAAAUCUUGAUCGAUCAGUUUCUGGCGCAUCUGUUCAGAAUCCGGCAGGCUUCUAAUUACCAGCAAGACAUGGUUGACGCGGAAGCAGCAAGCUUCCAGUCUGCUAUGGACAUCCGAAUUCAAGCGCUCUGUGGUGUUCAUGGUGGCGACAGUGUCGCGUUAUGGAACCUGAGCAAAAAUGGAAGUGAAACGGAAGACUUCGAAUUACUCCAAGACUCAGAAAACUUCAGUGAAAAGCUCCAGACUGGCAUUAAGUCCAGGAGAGCGACAUGGGCGCGAUAUUUCAUGAAAAGAACCUUUCUGGAAUCACCAAAAACUCAACCCGAAAUGGCAUCUCUACAUUUAAAGAUACGAGAUCUGUCUCACCAAUCCAGAACACAGAAAUCAAAACUGGAAGCGCCUGGCAGCAAGAAUCAAAGCAGGUACAUAAGCUCUGUGCUGAGAACCCUAAAGAAAAAGAGCAUCUUGAUCGCCUUCGUCUCAUUUGCAAUCACAGCAGCACUCGUGACUAAAUUCAGCCCUUUUUCUGGGCUACUAUAUCGCCUCUUUGUGUCAGCAAAUAUUUAUCCCGAUUUGAGUGACGGCGGGCCAUUUCAGGACAAUAUUCUCCUAGAAGAUGAGGACUUCGAGAGUUGUACCCUUUACAACCUUUCAUCAGAGAUACCACAUGGAAACCUUUCCUUCAAAGAAAUGACAGCAUUUGUUGUAAGCGCGCCACACGCUUGA